CUUCUCAGUCCAAUGGGCUACGAGGCGCAUAUGCUGCAGGAGCAGCAAGAGCAGCAGCAGCUGCUGCUCAUGCAGCAGCAGAUGCAGCGAGCAGCUGAGCAGGAAGAGCGCAAGGAGCGGUCGUGGCGCAUGACGUACAUUGUGGGCGUGCCCACCCUUCUGCUACCGCUGCCCCUCUACAUGAACAGCAAGGCCGGCUGGUGCGUCUACUGCAUGGUGUGGAUGGCCAUGUACUGGACCACCGAGAUCAUCCCGCUGCCGGCGACGGCGUUGCUGCCUCUGGCCAUGUUCCCGCUCCUGGGCAUCCUCAGCACUGGCGAAACGACCGCCCUGUACUUCAACGACAUCGGCUUCAUUAUCCUGAGUUCGCUGACGCUGGCCGUUGCCGUGGAGUGUACCAACCUGCACAAGCGCAUCGCCCUCAAGUCUCUGCUCAUCUUCGGCAUGAGCAAGCGAAGGAUCGUGUUCGCCAUCAUGAUGAUCAGCAUGUUCCUGUCCCUGUGGAUCCCGAACACUGCGUCCGCCUCCAUCAUGGGUCCCAUCACCGUCGCCGUGGCCGACCAGAUGCAGAAGGCGUCGCACAAGUUCGGAAGAGGAUUUCAACUGCGCAAGGACAUUGCGAGCGCCAUGGACAAGGAGCAGCUGCGUUCGAGCGAGAUAGCGGCGUACGUACGCAAGAUGAUGCUGCUGUCGGUGACGUACGCUUGCAACGUUGGCGGCACCGGCUCGCUCAUCGGCACCGCGCCCAACCAGAUCCUCAAGAGCAUCUUCGACCAGCGGUUCCCGGAAGCAAAUGAGCUGACGUACGCCUGGUGGAUGCUGCUUAACGUGCCCGCCAUGAUCGUGCUCGUGCUCCUGGCCUACUCCUACGUCCAGUGGAGCAUAGAGCGGAAAGGCGGAGCUACCAUGCUUGGAGAAGCGGCCGAAGCCAGGCUAACCGCUGAGGUCACCCGCAGGUACAACGACCUAGGCCCACUGACUUUCGCGGAGGCGACGGUCGUGUUCAUGCUGGUGCUCACGGUGUUCCUGCUGCUCACGAUGAGGCCACAGAUUCUGCCCGGGUGGGCGUCGAUGUUUCCGGAGCCUUACUACAUCCGAGCGUCGGUGCCGAUGGUAGUGGUGUCCGUGCUGCUGUUCGUGAUUCCGCGUGACCCCUGCAUGGCCGACACGAUCCCCAUCCUGACGUGGGACGAAGUCAACAACCGCGUCUCCUGGGGCACCGUGCUUGUCAUCUGCGGUGGCAUGACGCUCGCCGAAGCGUCGAAGAAAAGUGGCCUGUCUCGUACGGUGGCGACGACACUGGCGUGGUUCGAGUCGGUGCCACGCAAGCUCGUGCUGUCGGCUCUCUGCCUGCUAGCUUCGUUCACGAGCGAGCUCGCCAGCAACUCGGCCGUCAGCUCCCUCAUGAUACCCGUCGUCAUCGACCUGGCAGUGCUCACGAAGAACCACCCGCUGUAUUACGCCCUGCCUGUGGCGGUGUGCUGUUCCUUCUCGUUCAUGCUGCCCGCCGCCACGCCCACCAACGCCAUCGUCUACCACCUCGGUCACAUGACGCCACGUGACAUGGCACGACCGGGUGUGCUGAUGAACCUGAUGACGGUGGCGGGCGAGAUCGUGUCCGUCCACGUGGUGGCCGUUUACCUGCUCGGCCUCGACUCGAUGCCCUGGUGGGCCAAGGACUACAGCAUCAACUUGGCCGGCACCAACACCAGCCACGUGGCCCGUGCCGCGCGCCGUGCUGCCGUCGACGUCGCCGGCUCCGUGCAGGCGCCGUCGGGUCCGCACGCGCGCUGGUAGUCGCAUCGCGCGCGCCCGCCUGGA